AUGGGUGCCGGUGCUGGAGCCAUGAUGGAGAAUCUGACAAAGCCUGAGACGAUCGAGAAGAUGAAGGAUGUGCCGGACGCACACAUCCAGCAGGCGGCUGAGACAUUGCCCGAAGAGGCGCUGGCGAUCUUCAAGAGGAUCGUCGAAGCCGCCGAGGCCGCCAAGCCAAAACUCAAGAAACGCGAGGCCCUGAAGAAGCUCGGAAACAGCGACGCGGCGGACCAGAUGGAUAUGUGCCUCUGCUUUUGGGACGAGGCGAAGGCCAAGGCCUUGCUCCAGAAAGAAGUGGACAAAGGCGCCAUCUCCGCUGUACCGGAUGAGCUGAACGGGGCGAUUAUGGCGGUCUCGGACGUGGCUUGGAAGACUCCCGAGGAUGCCAAGAAAUGGACUUCCUACCUCAAGGAGAUCAGCGCUCUUUUUUUCGAGCACAGAAGAAGAAACUCUUGGAGCACUGUGUCUACUUGUGGGAUAAGAAGACAGUGGACACUUGGAUGGCGAGCCACAAGAUGA